AUGACUUUUACCUUGCAACCUGUUGUCCCCAAUGCCAAGCAAACCGGUGUUGAUUUUGGUGCCAUUGUUGACGACCUUGAUUUAGAAACUAUUUCUCCUGAGGACUUUGAUAAAUUGUUUGAAGCCGUCUAUACAUAUCAAGUGGUUGUUGUUCGAAACUCUGGCCAUGUCACACCCAAAACACAGUACGAGCUGACCAAGCGAUUCGACCCUCAAAACAUCGAUCUUUACGGCCAUGGCUCUAUGUAUCGCUCCAGUGAAUCCGUUAUAUCUCGUGACAUUUCACCUUUGCCCGAUGUACCUCAAGUGCAGCUGCUUGGUCAUGGCGUUGUAAAGAACCAUUAUGGUAUUGACGAGCGUAAAUUGACUCAUCCCAGCCAUACAGUCUUCCACAAGGAUUGCCUGACAAAGGAACAGAUGGAUAAGGGCAACACGCGCUUCUAUCGCUGGCACAUGGAUGCUGCUCUAUACAAAUUGAACCCUCCCAAGGUCACUACAUUGUUUGGUAUCAAGAAUCCUGAACCCAGACGUGAGAUUGUUCGCUACGACGAUGGCACAGAUGAUCAACUUGAAGUUCAAUUGGGCACCACAGCUUUUGUCUCUGGUCAAAGAGCGUUCGAGAUCUUGCCUCAAGAACUUAAGGAAUUGGCUUUUAAGACACAAGUGAAAUAUGCUGCACACCCUUACUUGUGGAUGUCUAAAGCCAAGGCACGCAGUACAGGCUUAGGCAUGGUUUCUGAAGGAAAAGAACUUUCAAAAGAAGAGCUGCCCGAGAUUGAGCCUGAGCAUAUCAAGAUUUAUCCUAUGUUGUGGAAGAACCCCGUUACAGGCAAAAUCCAUCUUCAAGUCCACCCAGCUGCAGUAGAGGAUUUAAUCAUUGAUGGUAAACCUGUUGGUGAUUUGGAAAAGGUCAGAGAGAUUCUUUACAAGAUCCAACGUCCCUCUAUCAGCCCUGAAAAUGUAUAUGCUCAUGAAUGGAGGGAUGGUGACUUUGUCAUUUUCCAUAACCGUGGCUUGCUCCAUUCUGUUGUUGGGUCAUUGAGGGAUACAGAUACUCGAAUCUUCCAUCAAUGCAACAUUGCUAGUGCUGAUGCUCCUCUUCCUGCUACAGAAGCUGAUUUCGCCCCUUACUUGAGUGCUAAAUCAUCAGCUUAA